AUGAGGCAUGAUGCGCAGCCAAAGGGAGAAGAAUUACUGCGUGGCGAGGCUUUGACUGUUGCGGCAACUAUGAUAACUGGCUUGGACAGGCUAUCCUCAUAUGGAUUUGUAUACAUUCCAGUCCUCCUUUUCUCCUUCAUGGGAACCCUACAAGGAAGAAUCCUCCAGGCGUAUUUUGACGGAGAGAAGCUUGUUAUUUGGAAGACGAAGAUCUACAGCUUUGGUUCCGCUGAAGAUGCCAAGAGAUCGAUUGAUGUCUUUAUGCAACAGAUGGCCUGUGACCCUAGGCUCGACACCAAAAGUGUGAUUCGGGAUGACCUAUAG